GCGGGGGGCGGCGCUAGGACCCGGGCGGGCGGCGCACCUGUGUGCGGGCGCCCGGGGACUCCUCCCCGAGUGCCCGGGCCGGCGGCGGGCGGGCGGGCGCGGCAGAGCGAGCCGAGGGCCCCGGACGCGCCAGCAUGGCCCAGCUGCUGCGCGGCCUGCAGGACUCCCGGCUGGUCGCCCGCUUCCAGCGCCGCUGCGGGCUCUUCCCGGCGCUGGAGGACGGCGGGGGCGGCCAGGACGGCGCCCCGCAGGCUUAUGAACAGAAGUACAUCGUGAAGAAUUAUUUCUUCUACUACCUGUUCAGAUUCUCAGCCGCUCUAGGCCAAGAAGUGUUCUUCAUCACAUUUCUUCCAUUCAUUUACUGGAAUGUUGAUCCUUUUUCGGCCAAAAGACUGAUUGUCAUAUGGGUGCUGGUGAUGUACGUUGGCCAGGUGGCCAAGGAUAUCCUGAAGUGGCCUCGCCCAUUCUCCCCGCCUGUGGUGAGGCUGGAGCGCAGGGUGAUGGCAGAGUACGGGAUGCCCUCGACCCACGCCAUGGCAGCCACCGCCAUUUCCUUCACGCUGCUCAUCUCCACCAUGGACAGGUACCAGUAUCCUUUCGUUUUGGGACUGACGAUGGCCGUGGUGUUUUCCACCUUGGUGUGUCUCAGCAGGCUCUACACGGGGAUGCACACGGUCCUGGAUGUGAUAGGUGGCGUGCUCAUCACCACGGUGCUCAUCGUCCUCACCUACCCCGCCUGGACGUUCAUGGACAGCCUGGACUCGGCCAGCCCCCUGUUCCCCGUGUGCGCCCUGGUGGUGCCCUUCAUCCUGAGCUACAAUUACCCGGUGUCCGAGUUCUACAGCCCCACCCGGGCGGACACCACCACCAUCCUGGCGGCCGGGGCCGGGGCCACCAUCGGAUUCUGGAUCAACCACUUCUUCCAGCUGGUGUCGGAGCCGCCCGCCCCGGAGGACGCGCUGGCGGCACUCACUCGCCACCAGGUGCUGCUGGGGCUGAGCAGGUUCGCCGUGGGCAUCGUGCUGGUGCUCGGGGUCCGGCAGCUGGUGCAGAGGCUCUCGCUGCAAGUGCUGUUCUCCUGGUUCAAGGUGGUCUCGAGGAACAAGGAGGCCCGGCGGCGGCUGGAGAUCGAGGUGCCUUACAAGUUCGUCACCUACACGUCGGUGGGGCUCUGCACCACCACCUUUGUGCCCAUGCUGCACCGGGUGCUGGGCUUGCUCUGAGCCCCCGCCGGGGCCGAGACGCGGACGUCCCCGAGUGGACAAGCGGCAGCUCCGGGCCGCUCCCGGCCGCUCCCUCCUUGUUAAAUCCCUCGUGCCCUCGGCCCGGUUUCUGCUGAGAGCUCAGAUCCACGCUGCUGCUGUCUGAAGGGAAACCUGGUUGGGAGGGGGGGGGAACGCUACGGCUGCAAACAGGCCCCCCACCCCCAGCCAGUCUGUUCCUCAGGCCUUGGAUUUAGUCUUCAGGGCAGAUCGGCUGGGCCCCAGAGCAGGCAGGCGCUCAUGGGUGCGCGGGGGGGGGGGGUCGGGAGGGGGGGAGAUGGACGGGCCUAGGAGCACUGAAGGCGGAGCAUUUCCGCUUGGACGUUGGCCUGAAUCACCUCUCUGAAACUGCAGUUUGGGUUUGGAGGAAAAGCGUGCUCUGAGGUGCCUGUCAGGGGGCAUCUCUGGGCCAACCAUGACAGACCCAGGCAGUGGGGGCACCCCCCCCCUACUCGAGGUCUCCUCUCUGAGUGUCACCGGCCAUGCCAUCUCUUCUUUGCGCAUUUUCAGGAUCCCGGGGGCCACAGGCAAUGGCUCACCCCCAAACGGGCUGGGUGCUCCAACUUCCAGAUAGGAGGGGGAACAGAGUGGGCGGGGAGGGGUGGGUUCCCCUGGACCCAAAGCAAGAACAUUCCGGCUGAUCUAGAACCCUCCUCUCUCCCAUUUCCCGGGGUCCUGGGAGACCCUCUCCCUCUUUCCAGCGAGGGCACGGAGCCAGUCAGGAGGAGCCCAGGGGGAGAAUGUCAGAUGGACUCAAUUCUUCUUGGCCCCCCCACCCCCUUUCUCCUUGGCUCAGGCUCCCUGAGACCCCCUGCUCUCCUCCAGAGUCAGGGGCUCCGCCUCCUCCCACCCUACAACCCCCUUGCUGCACUCUGAGCAAUUUGAUUUUAUUUUUGCUUUUUGGAGUCACACCCGGCGAUGCACAGGGGUUCCUCCUGGCUCACGCCCUCAGGAAUUCCUCCUGGCGGUGCUCAGGGGGACCAUAUGGGAUGCUGGGAAUCGAACCCGGGUCGGCUGCGUGCAAGGCAAACACCCUACCAGCUGUGCAAUAUGGCUCCAUCCCCACCGAGCAAUUUUAAAGUAAUUAAUGUGAGAACAACGUGAGUGUCUCGAGAAAACAAGGCGAAGGCCACAGCCCUUGACGCCGCAGGCUGGGUCCAGGCAGCCCACCCAGUGGGCGCCCUCCAGGGCUGCCUGCAGGUCUGAAGACUAAGGGAAUGCAUCUUGGCUCUCUCCCGUUAUAAUCCAGCCUCGUCCAUGUCUGUCCCAAGCGAGAUGCCGGAACCCCCCAGCACACACUUGGGGGCACUCAGCUGCUGAGGCCUUGUUGCCCAUGACCGUGGGGUGGCCGCACCUCGACCCUGAGCCUCGAGUCUGUGCUGUGGGUUCUCCAGGACCAUUUCCUGUCCCAGCCGGUUCUUCCCCCCAGUGUCCUGGCCCUCUUCAUCCUGGGGGGCCAGCUCUCCUCAGCUGGCCGGGCACAGCUCAGGGAGGGGUGCGGGGAGGGAACCCCUCCUUCCCCCACCUUCACUUUCUCGUUCCCUCCCUGCCAGGCCUGAGACCACAGUACACCGGGCUGUAUUUCUGCUCUGUUUGGGGGCCACACCCAACAGUGCUCCGGAGUCACUCCUGGCUCUGCACUCGGGACUCACUCCUGGAGGUGCUCAGGGUGCGGGAUGCCGGGGAUUGAACCCGGGUCGGCUGCGUGCGAGGCAAGCAUCUAUCUGCUUUACCAUUGAGCUGUAUUUCUUUCAAGGGCGCCCUCUUGCCAGAGAAGUGGGGGCUGUCACCGCGUGCACACACAUGUGUAUGUAUGAUGUGUGUCUGUGUCCCAUUCUCUACUAAAGAGAAGUUGGGAGGCGUGUCGCCCACCCAGUGUUCUCGGUGAUUCUGGGCCCUACAGUUACCCAGCCAUGCUCAGGGGACCGCCAGGUGCCAGGGAAGGAAUCAGUGUCAGCUGCAUUCAAGGCACGCACCUGCCUUCUGCAUUGUCUCGGACCCCCUGUCUCAGCCCUUGUGUCUCAACUAUGACUAAAACAAAGGUCAGCUAGCGGCCAGGAUGUGUUUAGGGCUAUGUCCACACCAUCGGACUCGCUGAGUCACAAGAAUGACCCAUGGAGGUGUUGGGUCGAUCGCUUUUUUUUUUUUUUGGCUUUUUUGGGUCACACCUGGCGAUGCACAGGGCUUACUCCUGGCUCUGUACUCAGGAAUUACUCCUGGCGGUGCUCAGGGGACCGUAUGGGAUGCUGGGAAUCGAACCCGGGUCGGCCGAGUGCAAGGCAAAUGCCCCACCCGCUGUGCUAUCCCUCCAGCGCCUCGGGUCGAACACUUUGGAAAGCAUUUUCCUAGCGCCAGUGAAGAAGACAUCAAGAGGCAUCCUGGGGGCAGGUAGACGCGCUCUUGGCUUCUGCAGGCAGCAACUGAUUGGAAGAAAAAGUCGACUGAUUGGAAGAAAAACUUGAUCAAAGGCUUGCCUUGUCAGCCCUCUGUUUUUAUUUCUCACAAGGCACUUCUUUCCCUAAAACACACACACACACACACACACACACACACACACACACACGCCCCUUUGGGUUUGCCGCCUCUGGGUUGUCUCACUGGGGAAAUGCUGCCCCCUGCUGGCCUGGCCUCACUUGUCCAAGCCCCUCUGAUCUCAACUCCGGGCCCUGGGGAAUUGAAAUGCCAACUUCCUGCCGUGGCUCUCAUGACUGCAUAGGGCCUCCAGGCAGGCCACGAUGCAUCUGGACACUGGUGACCACUCACAGGAGCCGUGUAGGACCUGCCCUGUCCCUACCAUUCUUACCCUGUCCCCAACCCGCUGCAUUUCUAGGACAGGGUGGGCAUACUCGAAUCUUCUCAACAGCUCUCACAUUGCAUCUGUGUUGCUCAGACCCCGGGCGGAUGCAGGACUAGAAUGGGGAGGAAAGACGCAGAGACGCCCCCACCUACCCCCCACCCUGCACCGAGGCCCUCUGGCCCUCUGGUGGCCGGAGCCUCGUCCCUCAGUUCCCAAGUGGCCGCACCAUUGCCAUGUUUUGUGCCCAAAUGGGCCGCAUCGAGAAGCAUGUGGCAUUUCAGGGACAUGUGCUCUGGGUUUCUAUUCUGGAAGCUUCCAGCUGUCUCGCUUAUGUACCGAAUGUAAAUGAUUCUUUUAAAAACAAAAUUUUUGUUUGAUUGUGACUUCUUAUUAAAUGCUUUCAAAGCCAG